AUGGAGGAACAUAAAGAGGCAAUGGACUUUGAUAUUGAAGACUCAAAUGUCUCAGUGAACUCCAAGUCAACUCCAAACUGUCUACGUGCUUCCUCCCAUACGGGACCUGAUUUGUUGGCGAAUAGCGACUCGUCCAGCGUUCCCGAGCCAUUUGUUAGUAAUGACAUCAUCCACGAUUCAGUUGGUGAUCGUGUAAUGACACGCGCCUCGACUCAAGCAAAUGUUCGGGUUGCUACGGUGUUUGGCCAUGAGUCCGACGUACCUGUUAUUGAUUGUUCUGCCAAUGGCUGUAAUGGCGAGAUUGAGAACGGCGGACAAAGUGAUGCCCUGCUAGAAAGGCGUUGGAUGUCAAGAGGUACUCAAAAUGUCACUGAUUCAUUAGAUAAUGGGCUUGCUAAGUCUAGCCAUCUAGAGAGUGGUGCAGACAGAGAGCUUGAUUUUGUUUCAAUUGAUGACCAAAAGACAUCACAUCUACAUAAUCAUGACCAAGAUCAGGAACAAUUAGAGACUGUAGCUGUGGAAUCAGUAGGGCUUAACGGCGAUGAUGGUCAGCUGUCGAGGGACAAGUUGAUUGAGACUUCGGCUCUGGCGCCAAACAUGUUCUCUACUCAUCUCUCACUAGGGGAUGAAGAGGAAGAAGACGAUGACGAUGAUGACGAGGUUAUGCGCAAGUCUGCUGUAUCCAAUACUUUAAAUGGAGAGAUAUGUGAAAUUCAGGAUGAUCAACCAACCACUCCUGACAUUUCUAAAGUAUCAGACGGACAAGAUAAUUUGCUUGCUGCUUCUUUAAUUCAUAGCGAAUUGUCUCUGGAUGAAGGUUGGUGUUAUUAA